ACCUGAAGGCUCAGAAACUACCCACUUUCUGAACUGCUACUUUUUGCUGUUUAUCCACAACAACAGUUGUGAUUCUAUUCUGCAAAUAUUCCUUGUGCUUUUGUCAACAUUAUUCUAUACCAACUGUACCACUUACUUCUUCAUCUCACGUUUUAAUUCUGGUCUAAUUUUCUCAUCAUUAGUCACGGAGAGGGCCUAUGAACGGUCCGUGACGCGAAAUUCAAUCAACGAAUUCGUCCUCCCCUGCUAGUAGUACCCGAAAUACGGUUCAACUGGUCUGUCAGUUAUGUUAAAAAAUUAUAUAAUAACUAUGCCGGUCUCAACCAGCGCAGAAGCUGACAUAUCCUCUUCUUUGCCUAUUCCUGCAUCAUCAAUCGUCCCGCCCAACUACACAAUUCCUGACUCCUCUUCAACUUGCCUUAUAUGCUUCGCUAUCUUCCCCACCCACCACCUACUCCUAUCUCAUGCCACUGCAGUCCACCAUAUUCCUUGUCCUCCUACUCCAAUGCAAGACGGUUCUCAGCAGAUGUCUUGUGUUCUUUGCGCCGCGGCUUUUUCAUCUAACAGGGGAUUAACACAACACGUUCGCCACCGACACAUCUCCGAAUAUAACGAACUAAUACGGCAACGAAUUGCAGUGCAGCCGACGUCACGCAUAUGGUCACCAUUCGAUGAUGCUUCUUUACUAUCCAUCGCUAACCAUGAAGCCCAUAGAUUCCCCACGAAGACUGACCUAUGCCAACAUAUCAGCACUAUACUAACACGCAGGACGGCAGAAGCCGUCAAACGCCGACUCCUCCACCUACAGUGGUCGAGAUCACCAAUAGCGAUUACUACCUCUUCGAAUAAUCACACAGUCACAGACAUCCCCAAUACCGAGGCCCGUUGUAUUUUUCCGGUAGACCUAGACGAACAUCCACCAUUGUCUGAUGCCACAACCCCCAACGCAUCGACACAUCCACUUCCAGAACUCCUUGUUAUCUUGACACCGCUUCCAUCCCCGACUAGACUACAAAACAUAUCCGAAUCACAGACCUCCCAUGAAUCUAAUAGGAACUCAAUGCAUACACCGCCAACGUAUGCCUGCGAUCAGGAUGAGACACUAGGGGCUACUCCCUCAUCAACUAUUCCCUUAUGCUUCCACAGUUAUCAGGACCCCCUAGCUGAACAAAGAAGCAAACUCCUGAGGGCAUCCGCCAGCCUACUACAAAGCAGUUGUACUCGCAUACAGUCCUCCAGCCUGCUCGCCUUCCUCCAGAACGAAUCCACAUUAAUGGACGAGGAACACGUGUCCACCUUCCUCAAUAGUCAUGCAGAAUCCAUCUUCCCUAGAACAUGGACCCCAUCCCGACCCAAACACCCCUCCCACGCCCCAGCUAAUGUUUCUAGGAAGAAAAGGAGAAAAAUAGAGUAUGCACACAUCCAGACACUCUUCCACCACCGUCCCAAAGAUGCCGCCAACACCGUUCUAGACGGUCGGUGGAGAAACCCCUCGGUCGCAAACCCUUCAAUGAUUCCAGACUUCGACUGCUUCUGGACAACAGUCUUUACUAAAACAAAUUCCCCAGACAGCCGGGAGAUUACUCCAAUCAUCUCUAUGACUCCCUCUCUCAUUGACCCGAUCCUCCCCUCUGACGUCACAUGGGCGCUGAAAGCAAUGCAUGGCACGGCCGGUGGGAUUGAUCGUCUGACAUCGUACGAUCUGAUGAGAUUCGGUAAGAAUGGUCUUGCUGGAUAUCUCAACAUGAUACUCGCUCUUGCAUACCUUCCCACUAAUCUUUCAACAGCACGGGUAACUUUCGUCCCCAAGUCAUCAAGUCCUAUGUCACCUGAGGACUUCCGUCCCAUCAGUGUCGCUCCAGUAGCCACUAGGUGCCUGCACAAAAUUCUAGCUAAGAGAUGGAUGCCGCUCUUUCCACAGGAACGACUUCAGUUCGCUUUCCUAAACCGAGAUGGAUGCUUUGAAGCAGUUAAUCUUCUGCACUCGGUCAUACGGCACGUCCACACCCGCCAUACAGGAGCAUCCUUCGCCCUGCUCGACAUAUCACGGGCCUUUGACACUGUAUCACAUGACUCCAUCAUCAGAGCGGCGAAAAGAUAUGGGGCACCUGAAUUGUUAUGCCGCUACCUCAAUAACUAUUACCGACGUUCAAUCAGCUGCGUCAACCGCACUGAAUUGCAUCCUACGUGUGGGGUGAAGCAAGGAGACCCCCUGUCGCCACUCCUCUUCAUCAUGGUUCUCGACGAAGUACUGGAAGGUCUAGAUCCAACGACCCACCUAACGGUUGAUGGAGAGAGCUUGAACUACAUAGCUUAUGCCGACGAUCUCGUAGUUUUCGCUCCAAAUGCAGAACUCCUUCAACGGAAACUCGAUCGGAUCUCCAUACUUCUACACGAGGCUGGAUGGUCGGUUAACCCGGAAAAAAGCCGGACCCUGGACCUGAUCUCUGGUGGCCAUUCCAAAAUCACAGCGCUCUCUCAGACAGAAUUCACCAUCGCGGGGAUGCGUAUACCACCGCUUUCUGCCACCGACACCUUCGACUACCUGGGUAUCAAAUUCAACUUCAAGGGCCGAUGCCCAGUAGCCCAUAUUGACUUAUUGAACAACUACCUCACGGAAAUAUCGUGCGCUCCACUUAAGCCGCAGCAGCGCAUGAAGAUCUUGAAAGAUAAUCUACUCCCUCGACUCCUCUACCCCCUGACUCUAGGAAUAGUACACCUGAACACCCUGAAGUCAAUGGACCGAAAUAUCCACACGGCCAUAAGGAAAUGGUUGCGGCUACCCUCCGACACCCCGCUAGCAUAUUUUCACUCACCCGUCGCUGCCGGAGGCCUAGGGAUCCCCCAUCUGUCCUCAUCGGUUCCAUUCCACCGUCGUAAACGUCUAGAAACCCUCCUAUCUUCACCGAACCGCCUACUGCACAAGUUGCCAACUUCCCCAACACUAGCUUCUUAUGCACACCUUAGUCAACUGCCAGUUCGAAUUGGGCAUGAGACCGUAACGUCUAGAGAAGAGGCUUCCAACAGCUGGGUGAGACGAUUACAUUCGUCCUGCGACGGGAAAGGACUUCUCCUAGCACCACUAAGCACCGAGUCCCAUGCAUGGCUGCGCUACCCCCAGUCUAUUUUUCCAUCUGUUUACAUCAACGCCGUUAAAUUACGAGGUGGCUUACUAUCCACCAAAGUCAGGAGAUCUCGCGGAGGUAGAGUGACGAAUGGCCUGAACUGUCGAGGCGGUUGUGCCCAUCAUGAAACAAUCCACCACAUUCUCCAACAUUGCGCGCUCACCCAUGACAUCAGAUGCAAACGCCAUAACGAACUAUGCAACCUUGUGGCAAAGAAACUGCGUAGGCAAAAAAUCCAUUUCUUACAGGAGCCCUGCAUUCCUCUAGAAAAAACCUACUGCAAACCUGAUUUCAUAAUUAUACGUGACUCAAUUGCUUAUGUUCUAGACGUCACUGUAUCGGACGACGGAAACACCUACGCCAGCCGCCUGUUAAAAAUAUCAAAAUACGGCAAUGAGCGAACCGUCGCGUCGAUCAAGCGUUUCCUCACAUCCAAUGGAUAUAUCAUUACCAGUGUUCGACAAACACCAGUCGUCCUUACAUUCAGAGGUAUUCUGGAGAGAGCAAGUUCACAAUCUCUACGACGCCUAUGUUUUUCAUCCCGUGACCUCGGUGACCUUUGCCUGAGUGCGAUUCAAGGCUCAAUUAAAAUAUAUAAUACCUAUAUGAGAGGAACCCAACGGUUGAACGAAUAGCCCCCUUCACUCUUAGACAUUCCUCCACUGUUGUUGCUUAUCUUCAUGCUCUUGUGUUAAUUGACUGCUCUCUUCUGGGUUGACGUCUGAUUGUCUCUCUCUCUUUCCAUAUUGCUUGCUCUGCCCGCUUACUUCCAAUAGUUGUCAUAUUAUGUCUUGGUUUACUUGCCAUGUCUAACGACCAUUACUUUAUCUACCUUAGUUUGUCCUCUUGGUUUCGAUUGCCUUCAUAUGUUCAUGGCGGAAUCUGGUGUUUAUAAUGACUAUUCCUAUUACCACCACUACAACUACUAUUAUUAUUAUCAUUAUUAUUAU